UGCGCAGCUACAAAAGAGUUGUUUUCUGGAGCUCGUGAUCUCAGACUUUGAGGUCUCUGUUCAAAACACGUUGACAAGAGCACAUUGCUGCCGUUGAUCGGAUUGACUGGACCCCUAAUUAAAUCCAAGGGCUCCCCGCACGGCGAGAUCGCCUCCAUACAAAUUGUAUCCCCAGUAGCACAAACCACAUUGACCCACCAGCAGUCAUUUCGCAAACCGAGAAGAUGGUCGAGGGAGCCUUGCAAGAACGAGCCUACAGCCGCAUCCGGCAGGCCGUCGCGGCCUCAACAACAAGCCCGCACACUGCCCGGCCCGGACCGGCUCGCGGCCGCCCGGCGCUCUCUCCCGGACCCGGCGCGGGGGGCUACCUGGCCGGCCGCGGGCCUGACGACACGCUCGACCACAUCCUCGCCGACAUCACACCCGCCCUGACGGGCCAGAACCUCUCCGGGCGCUACUAUGGCUUCGUCACGGGCUCUACCCUGCCCAUCGCAGAGGUCGCCGACAACAUUGUCAGCGCCCUUGACCAGAACGUCGGAGUGCACCUGCCGGAGCAGACCAUUGCCACCGAGGUCGAGGACGCGGCCCUCGAGAUGCUGCUGAGCCUGCUGGAUCUCGGGGACCGUAACACAUGGAAGGGCAGGACGUUCACCACGGGCGCCACGGGGAGCAACACCCUCGGCCUCACCUGCGCAAGGGAGCACGUCGUUGCUCAGGCAGCCGCCCUGCGCGCACAGGCGGAUGGUGACUCCUUCUCUGCCGCCGCUGCUGGCGCCACCGCCUCCAUCGGCGAGCUGGGCAUCCUCCAGGCCUGCACGCAGGCUGGCGUCACCAACAUCCAGGUGCUCACGAGCAUGGGCCACAGCUCACUCUUCAAGGCUGCGGGCAUCGUCGGCCUGGGGAGGGGCUCGGUCAAAGAGUUGCCGCACAGCGAGCAGGAGCCAUGGAGGCUGGACCUGGAUGCCGUCGAGCAGGAGCUCAGGACGCAGCGGGACAGGGCGACCGUCAGCAUCAUCGCCGUCAGCGCGGGCGAGGUCAACACGAGCAACUUUGCGACCACGGGGCUGGCGGACAUGCAGCGGCUCCGGGACAUGGCGGACCGGUAUGGGGCGUGGAUCCACGUCGACGGAGCGUUUGCCAUUUUCGCCCGUGCCCUGCCCAAGACGCCCGAGUUCGCACUCCUCCAUGAGUUCACGACCGGCAUCGAGCUUGCCGACAGCAUCACCGUGGACGGGCACAAGAUCCUGAAUGUGCCAUACGACUGCGGCAUGUUCUUCACCCGCACCGCCACCAUCAUGUCGGACGUCUGCAAGAACCCAAACGCAGCCUACCUGGCCACCCCCCCGCCCACUGCCGCUGCCACUGCCACUGCCACUGCUGGGUCUUCCUCGGCGGCUCCCGCGUUCGAGAUCCAGAGCCCCCUCAACAUCGGCCUCGAGAACUCGCGCCGCUUCCGCGCCCUGCCCGUCUACGCCACCCUCCUCAGCGAGGGCCGCGAGGGGGUCGCCGACAUGGUCGCCCGCAUGGUCCGGCUGGCCCGCAAGGUCGCCGGGAUCGUGCAGGGCCUGGAUGCAUACGAGCUACUCGCUGCUUCUUCUUCUUCUUCUUCUUCUGCCGCCGGAAGAGGAGCAGGAGGAGGAGGAGCGGGGAACUUCGCGGGCACGGCGUUUGUCGUGCUCUUCCGCGCAAAGGACGAGACGCUCAACAGCGUGCUUGUCCAAAAGAUCCACGAGUCGAGGGAGUGGUAUGUCAGCGGGACAAAGUGGGACGGCCGGCCGGCUUGCAGGCUCGCCGUGUCGAGCUGGAGGGUCGACGUCGAGGAGGACGCGGCGUUUGUCAAGAGGAGCUUGGAGAAGCUGGCGAGGGAACUCGGCGCUUGAUAAGUCAGCCAGCGGCAAGGAUGUAAUUAAUUCACUAAGUGGCAUGUAGAAAUCAUUCGCAAAACAGUU